CUUCCGGUCUUCGCUCCUUUCUCCGAGCGUCUGUCGGCGGUGGAACCCGCGUGUUUACACUCUCACAGAUGAAGGAGUCCAUAAUGAACCAAGAGAAACUCGCCAAACUGCAGGCGCAGGUCCGCAUUGGCGGCAAGGGGUCGGCCCGCAGAAAGAAGAAGGUGGUGCACAGAACAGCUACAGCAGACGACAAGAAGCUGCAGUUCUCCCUCAAGAAACUAGGAGUCAACAACAUCUCUGGCAUUGAGGAGGUGAAUAUGUUCACAAACCAGGGGACGGUGAUCCAUUUCAACAACCCAAAGGUUCAGGCCUCCUUGGCUGCCAACACCUUCACGAUCACAGGGCAUGCUGAGAACAAGCAGCUCACAGAGAUGCUCCCAGCAAUCCUUAACCAGAUGGGAGCUGACAGUCUCACCAGCCUCAGGAGAUUAGCAGAGACCCUUCCCAAACCAGCUGGAGAAAACAAAGCCCCCAUGGUUGCUGCUGAGGAGGAGGACGAGGAUGAUGAGGUUCCAGAUCUUGUUGAAAACUUUGACGAGGCUUCAAAGAACGAGGCGGACUAACAAACACCAGUGAACAUUUCAAAGCUCCUCUUUACUCAUUACACUUUGACACGGCAGCAUUUCCCCCUCUGUUAUUCCCCUGUGGCUACAAGCAAAACACACAUUUUAAUUGUAACAUUGACAAUUGGGAUAAAUCAAGUAAAAUUUACUUUUUUAGGGCAACUGUUACUGAUCAUUUUGCUCAUUCUGCAGUACAAGUGAUAUUUAAAUUCAGUGGAAUGUGCAAACCCUUUUUCUUUCUCACACUGCCUCUCCGCCGUUGUGAUGCCCACACUUCAAAAAUGUAUUGUUGGAAUUAAUCGUGUAAUAAAGAUUACAUUAAAAUCGA